CGUGGGCGGGGGAGGGGGUAGUACACGCGCAGACUCCGCGGCCCCAAGCCUCGUCAGUCCAGUCGCUUCCAGGAUCCCGUGAAGAUGGCCCGCGCGUCCCUCCAACUGCGCCUCAUGGUGGCUUGUGUCCUGGCAGUGGCCUGUGUCGCCUGGCCGCAGACUGUCAUGGCGAUUGACCUGAGUCGUCUGUAUGGCCACAUGAGCGCCAAGAGAAACAGUGAGGCAUGCCAUCCAUACGAACCAUUCAAAUGUCCAGGAGAUGGCGCCUGUAUCUCCAUCCAGUACCUCUGCGACGGUGCCCCUGACUGUCUGGACGGAUACGACGAAGACUCCAGACUCUGUACCGCUGCCAAAAGACCGCCAGUUGAAGAGACGUCAAGUUUCCUGCAGUCGCUGCUGGCCAGCCACGGCCCUAACUACCUGGAAAAGCUGUUUGGCAGCAAGGCAAGAGACGCACUGGCUCCUUUAGGUGGGGUGGAUAAGGUGGCCAUCACUUUAUCAGAAUCACAAACGAUCGAAGACUUCGGCGCCGCCCUUCAUCUGAUGAGGUCCGACUUGGAGCAUCUCCGCUCGGUGUUCAUGGCAGUGGAGAAUGGCGACCUCGGCAUGCUGAAGAGCCUCGGCAUCAAAGACUCGGAGCUCGGCGACGUCAAGUUCUUCUUGGAGAAGCUGGUCAACACGGGAUUCCUGGACUAAAUGACGACCAGACAGCAGACCUCUUAGUUUACCUUGGUUUAGACAUAGAAUAAAAUAUUUAUACAAAAAUAAGAAACAUCGUGGAGAUAAUCAUGUCUGUGUCUGCUCAUCUUAGGUUUAAAAGUCUAUGAUUCAAGAUAGGGUUGGAAUUUCUUUAGGUAUCUAGAGUUUGGGAAGUCUCCGCUUAGUCUGAGACCAAAAUUGACAGUGACUUCCCUCUGUCAACGCAAAAAUUUACUAAAUAUUUUAUUUUGGAGGUUUGUCAGGCUUCUUUGAGAUAAGAAGAGUUUGAGUAAAAAUAUAAGAGUUAAACAAAACUACAGUAUUAUAUUAUGAUCAGGCGUAUGAAAGCUAUUCCACCAACGGAACAGAAACGAAAACAUUACAGAAUGUUUCUGUAAUGCGAUUCAAAGAGCAAUAAAACGCGUUGCUUGGGCUACACUAUCAAUGUGAGGGUACGUUUUAUAAACAUUUAUCGAUAUCAUUUGUUUACUCUGGUUUAUAGCAAUCGUGCUUUACCUAAUGUUUUAAGAUCCCUUUACAACACUUAGUUUGUAAGAAAAAUAUACUUUGAAAAUCCUAAUAUUUGAUAGUAAAACCUGUAUUUCUCAACUAUUUUUGAUCGUGUCGUAAAUUUUUGACGCAUCAGUGAUUAGUAGACUGUAGAAAUUACGCAAGAACUUUGCAAAUAUUUAGUUUUUUUACUAUAAUUUUAAACAGGCGUUUAGCUUAAAAAGCGCGCAUUUAAAAUCGUUCGUACGUAAAAAGACAUAUCAUAAAGUAUGUUUACAGAUUUAUACUAAAGAUAGCUUAAACGUAGAUUUUAAAAUGAAACAUAUCAGACAUUCUAUACAACAUUAUGGUGCAUUAGACUAUUUGCAUAAAAUGUCAUAGAUGUAUUAAGAAACCAUGAGCUAGCCUAUUAAUGAAUAGUUUAAAUACGCGCCUUCAAAGUCAUAUCACGAAGUAACAAAGACAUAUCAUCUCUUGCAAAAGACCUAAGGUUAUAUAAAUACAGAUAAUAUUUAAAUAGCUGUAUUAUAUUUGUUGGUGCAUUUUACACGUUUAGGCUACUAUUAUGUAAGUGUAAAGCAGAAGUGAAAUCUCAUAGACAAGUUGAUUUUGCUUGAAUCCAAAUGGUAGACCAUUUAGAGAGUCAAGAUAUCUGAAGCAAUUUAUUGCAGAUACUUCAAUAGAUCAUAUAUUUUACUGGUUGGUUAAGCGUUGAUGUAUAUCCCAGGCAGCGAAGGCUCUGCCCCACGGUCAAAGCCCCAAUGGCCGUUUGGCCGAGCCGAAUCCUCCACUCCACGUUUUAAACAUCAAAAUUCCACUUUUCUAAAGUAUUUUUGUAAAUAUAUUUACUCAGUUAGUUUUACGUGUUGUAUGUGUAUCCAAGUUUACGGAGGAACUUUUUGAUUCCCCUCGUCAGUAUUUCCCUGUACAUUUAGGUGCAAGGGCGGUACGGUGCCUCCUGUACGUUUUUAAGGCUAUUUCGUAUUUUCGUCUCUUGGUGAAAAAUAUCACUUACACUGGAAACUGUGACGCACUUGAUUUUAUUGGAGCCAAAUGGAGUAUUUGCUACUCGUCUGGGUGUUUAUAGUUUAAACGAUUUUGUAAUAUAUUCAGGUUAGAUGGGAUCCUUCGCUACUCGUAAAUAUACGUACAUUUGUUUUACAACGAAACCUAAAAAUGUGCACAAAAACCUAGUUUUUAUAUAGUUUAGACAUGCUUUUUGUAUGGACUAAUUUAAGAGGUAAAUGGGUCUAAGAGAGGCAAAAGUUUGAAUAGAUUUUUAUUUCAACUAUGCACGCCGAAUUCGCACACCACACCUAAUGUGUAGUAUAUUAGGAUUUAUUUAAAACAUUUGACUGUAAGUCUGAUCAUUACAUAUCACUUUUGGAAUAUUGUCUGUGGUUUUAACAUAUCAAGUAUAGGAUAAGCUAGUGUGUAAGAAAUGGAGAACAUAUCAUUUUUUUAUAAAUAUGGGAUGUAGCCUAGUGUUUAGCUUGAAUUUUAUUAUAUUCGAAAAAUAUUUGCAACGCACUACUAUGCUAAAAGGAGUCUUACUUUUUCAUGUAAGAAUUCUAAAUUAUACUUGUAAUUAAGAUAUUUAUUUUAAUAUUAACAUGUGUGUUUUUAGUACAAUUAAGAAAUUGGCAUCAGAUUUUUUACGUAAUUGAUACUAUUGCAAAAGGAAUUGUGCAGAAUAUUAAACUAUCAUCGUUAUUCAGAUUGCAUUAAACAAACCACACACUUGUAUACGAAUAUUUUUUAAUUUAAAUUUCAAAAUUUCAAUUGUAUUUUUUUACACAAACAUUAUCAAAUUUAUGUGUUUGUUAACACCCAAAAUAAAACUAAGACAAAUAAUUGAAGUGUAUUUAUGUCAUCAAAUUAUUUAAGAAAUCAACAGUAAGUAUAUUUUAUGUGUGUUUGUUGUGAUACUUGGUCAAUUAUCCUACCAUGGAAUGCACUUUUUUCGUUUAUAGAGGACUCACCUCAUAAAUACGAGUAUUUAACACUUAACAAUUUAAAAAAAAGUUACAACUCAAAAACAUAUUGUUUUAAACAAAGAUUGUCUAGUCACUUCGGUAACGUCUUUUGGAAAUAUUUUCAAACAGAAUCAGUUUGACUGUAAAAUUGCUUGGCUAGUUGUUGUAUUUUUAUAUUAUAAGAUAUAUAUUGACUGUUGCUUUUGAAAUCUAUAUGUAUAUGAGAAUACUAUUUUCUUGACUAUAUGUACUUGUGUAUAUUACUAUUAUCUGGUCAAUGUUUUCUCCUUUUACCUUUGCUUGGGACCCGCUUUACGUGUAGUGGUAAAGGUUUAGGCCUGAGGCCUUGCAAUAAAGGCCUGAGGCUCGGGGGGCCGCCUACCGUGCCGGCCUUGCCUAGCUAAGACACCAACAUUUGCCCUUCAGCAUUCGAUUUUACAGUUUUGAUCUGUAGCCCAGAGUGGACCCGAUGUAUAUUUUGCCAAUAAAGUCAUUAUGUUUACA